AUGGGGAUAAAAUUCCUUUUCAUCUUUCUUGUUUUCUCCAUCCUUCCUUCCGAGGCUAGAGUGAUUGCAGUUGAUCGCUACGUGUACUCAGUUCACAUUAUUGAUAAUCUCCCUUACAACGUUCCCUUGGUAAUUCACUGUAAAUCCAGUGAUCGAGAUCGUGGAAAUGAGACCCUUAAAUUCAGCGACGAUUACAACUGGGAAUUCUUCAUGGGAGAUGGUCAAAGAGUUUCCUACUCUUGUCACUUUUGGUGGCUUAAGGGCAGAAAGCAGAAAGAAUUGGUCGUUUUUGAUGUUGAUCUGAUAAAGAAUUAUUGCGUUGAGAGUUCUCAUGCAUGCGGUUGGGUGGUAAAAGAAGAUGGUUUCUACCUCUACAGCAAGCGUGGUGGAGGACCUUUCUACAAAAUGGCGGAUUGGGAUAUCAAAGAAUCUGUAUAA